GAGAACGUUAAAAAAAUAUGUGAUGACAAAUUGUAUAUUAUAGUACCUACCUACCUGCCUUACCUUCACAAAAAUUAAUAAGUUUAUAAAUAAAUAGAAUCCAUUAGGAUACAUAAAAAUAAUUUUAAAUAUUAGUUUUUGUUAACAAUUUGUGAAGAGACCGUGUCACAUUAAAAAAUGCUUUGUCGGUAUAUUUUUCUAUUGAUUUGUGCCGUGUUUAUAAAAUUGACCUGUGGUGAAAGAUUACACGAACAAAUCUAUUCUUCAAUAGAAGGCGGUGCAGCUUGUUUCAGAAGAUUAAAUGGCUCCCACCAAGCAGGUUGUUCAUCUGCUAAUAAUGGUGCAGUAGGAGUUGUGCAUUUUGUUAGGGAACUCAGUGAUGCAAACUGGUUAGUAAAAAAUGCCACUGCAGGCUCAUAUAUGGCCAUUGUUAACACAGCACUGUUUCGUGAGGUCAUUGAUACCUUUUUAAAGCAGCCUGAAAAUAUUGCUGGAGUGUUGUUAUAUCACAACUCAAGUUUGGGCAUACCAGCUUUUUCUCAAGACUCGAGAUGUCCAAAUGAGUAUUUCUCUGGCCCUGGCAGUACAUGUUCUUCAUUAGAACCCAGUUCUUCGGUAUGGAAUGAGGGAGGCACUAAUUUGAUGAGAAGGGAUAUACCAUUCCCUAUUUUUUUCAUACCAGAAUCAAGAUUAGAAGAAAUAAAUAAAAUUGAGCAGUGCUUUCAGAGUUUUAAUCUAGACAUGGAUAAUCAAAAUGGCAGACCUUUGUGUUCAGUUCAGAUGCACUCUUUUAUGUUUGCAGCUGUAGACAGUACAGUUUGUAUGAGAAGAUCUGCAAGUUCUGCUCUAAUCACUUCAGCUAAAGUUUGUGAUCCUUUGGGGGAUCGUAAUGUGUAUUAUUCGCUUUUCCCUCAAAGCAAGGAAACAAAAAAGAGAGUUGUUAUGGUUACUGCCAGAAUAGAUUCAGCAUCACUAUUUGAUGGCAUAUCACCAGGCGCAGCAAGUUCUGCAGUGGGAAUGGUGACUCUUAUCACAGCAGCUUCUAUUCUAGCACAAAUGAUUCCUGUCGAAACUAAUACUUACGAUAAAAACGUACUUUGGACCCUGUUCAACGGCGAAACAUUUGACUAUAUCGGAUCGCAGAAAGUUGCGUAUGACAUGAGGUACGGCGAAUGGCCUCCACUGGCGCCCCUGAAAUAUUCUGACGUCGAAAUGUACCUGGAGCUGGGACAAAUCGGUGGUUCACUCUUAUUGCAUAAGGAAGACGAAGACUGGCCAUUUAAAAUGUUCGCCCCAGUUACAGCAAACAAUUUAGUUGUGGUUUCGGAGACAGUUGAAGAAAUGAGUAGACACUUGGCAACAUUUAAUAUGAGCCUUCAGCUUACGUCAACUCAAAAUCUACCUCCUUCUUCGCUGCAUUCUUUUAGGAGAAUCUUACAGGAUAUUCAAGAAGAAAAGAAUGGAAAGAACCUUUCCUCUGUUGAUAUUGAUUUGAAUGGUGCUAUGAGUCAAAUGGUGAUGGUAGACCAUAAUGAUCAUUUUACCAAUGUGUACUACAAUUCCGCCUUGGACGAUUAUAAUAAUAUAGGUUUCAAUUAUCAUAAUUUAAGCAUAGGAAAUGAUGGCACUUUCAUUACAACAAAUGAUCUCAUCGCAAAUGGUACGAUGAAAAGGUUUGAGGCUCAAGUAAAGAUAGCUCUACUUGCGACUGCAGUUGCUCGCACGCUGUAUAGAAGAAUUGUAGGUGAAUCGUACACGGGCAACUUGACUGCUUCAGCUCAUUUAGUAGACGAAAUGUUGUACUGCUUUAUGAAAAGCCAAGCAUGCCGUUUGCUACUAGCUGCCGAUUACGCGAAAAGCGGUGGGGGCGAAGAGAAUUUGCCAGAAAAACCUGCGCCAUUGUACGUUGGAGUCACUGCUUGGCCGGGCACCGCUUCGGUGUUCGCCGGCCAUCUGUUAGCGUUGCUUACGGGAACCCAUCUCGCUGUCAACCGUACACAGUGCGAGGCCAUGGACAAAAUCGAAUAUUCUUAUUACUGGCUGAAGGGCUGGAACCACAGCGGAGUUUGCAUCCAGACUACAAUGAACUUCAGUCAAGCUAUUAGUCCUGCAUUCACGAUAUCAGAUUACGAUUUCGCAUCGGGCGAGUUCUCGACGUGGACGGAGUCGGUGUGGCGCGAGAUGUGGGUGCGCGUGUUCGUAGCGGCGGGCGGAGGCGGGGCGCGCGCGGCCGGCGUGACCGGCGCUGUAGCCACCGCGUGCGUCGCCGCGCUCACGUACUGGCUGCGCAGCCGCGCGCGACACAUCUUCAUUGAAGCGCCCGCUGCCUCGCUCGUCUCCACCGACGCGGCCGCCGGGAUAAUGAGGACGGUGAACUGUUGAAAAAGAAUACGACUUGAAAAUGCAAGACUGGCUGUGUGAAAUGUAAUAAUUAAUUAAAUUCAUUCCU